AAGGAAAGUGCAGUGAGAGACUCCAUCAGCUUCUGACCCCGAUGGGGCUGCUUUGGUGGCAGCUCUCGGUCCUGGGGGUAGCUGCCCUCCUGCUGGCUCACUGCUCGGGUGGCUCCUCCUCACAUUCCUUGGGCCUUUUCUACACGUGGCUCUCCGAGCGCAACCAGGGGCUUCCUGAGUUCAUGGUUGGGCAGUUCGUGGAUGACCAGCCCAUCUCUUACUAUGACAGCAGCACCAAGAGAGCAUUGCUCCGAGCACAGUGGAUGGAGAAGGCGGAGAAGGAAGAGGCCCAGUUAUGGGACUCAGAGUCCAAGGCCAUGCAGAACUUCGAGAAGAUAUUCGGGAGAAACCUGGCAGAGUGGCAGAAGAAUCCUAACCAGAGUGAGGGGCUUCACAUCUGGCAGGGCAAGCUUGGCUGUGGACUGCGUGAGGAUGGGCAGAAAAGGGGAUACUGGCGAUCUGGUUAUGACGGGCGAGACUUUAUCAGCUUUGACACAGAGACCAACACCUGGACAGUAGCCGAUGCUGCAGCCAAAAAGAUGAAGAGGAAAUGGGAUUCUUUGCUGAGAAUGACUCAGAACAUGAGGCGCUAUCUGGAGGGGCCCUGCACUCAAUGGCUGCAGACAUUGGUGGGCUAUGGGAAUGACUCCCUGCUGAGGAAAGAGCGCCCAGUGGUGAAGGUGACACGCAAAGCAACUGUUGGUGGACAGGAAACCCUCUUCUGCCAGGCUUACGGCUUCUACCCCAAGAAGAUCAACAUCACCUGGAGGAAAGAUGGAGAGUUCUGGAAGCAGGGCGAUUCCUCUGUCAACCCCAACUCAGAUGGGACCUACCACAGCCGGACCAGCAUUCAGAUUGAUCCCAAGGACAGGGGGCUCUACCUGUGUUCUGUGGAACAUGCCAAUCUGCCAGAACCCCACUUGAUUCCCUUGGAAGGGCCAGUCCAACCUCCUAAGGGCACCUGCCAGAAGGGCGAGUUUCGCUGCGCCAACAACCAGUGCAUCCCCCGCGCAUCCAAGUGUGAUGGCUGGUUCAACUGCUUUGAUCACAGCGAUGAGUCGGCUUAUGCUAAUUGUGGUAGAAGAUGAUGUAGCCCCUGAAGCAAGAGAAGGGACAAUCUGGGGUUUUAUCCCAGAUCAGGGGAAAGAUAUGAAAUAUCAAGAGCUACGGCACCAAGACCAAUUCUUUGGUCAUUUCUUCGAAGGAGCAUCUCCACAAGCAGCGCUUUCUUCCUCUUCCACCAGAUCUCCAUCUCUGUCUUAAUUACUUGCUCCCUUGUUUUUAAAACAUCUUUUUCUCUAUCUCCCCUGAGAGUAUCUUUAGCGCUGUUCCGGUCAGUGGCCAACAUCCUGACUAAUUAUCUACUGGUGCAAUGAACAAAGUUGCAAGUGCCAGAGCCCUGCCCAAGCGCAAGUGGUACUGCUCACUAUGGAGGAGUAACAGCAGGAGAGAAGGGCAUGCCCUCAACUCCUGCCUGUAGGCUUCCAGCAGCAUCUGGUGGGCCACUGUGUGAAAGAGGAUGCUGGACUAGAUGGGCCUUGGGCCCGAUCCAGAGGGGCUCUUCUUAUGUUUUCCCUUUUUCAGGCUUGAAAGAAAAUCUGAUUCGAACUUCACAUAGCUCGAUCAAUACAUGUUAAUAAAGUAUGAUGGGUUGGAAGGAAUCAACAUACUAGUGUAGCUAGGCUUCUGACCUGUGCUUGCCCUAGAUGAUGAUGAUAACAAUGUUAAUAAUAAUUUUCUGUGACCUUCUCAAUUGUAUGAUUCCACCAAUUCUUGCUUGCUAGCAAUUUAUAAUUCUUGCAAAAGUUCCAGUGGAUCAUUGCA